GUGACUUUCAGGACAAAGAUACAUCUAAAGACAUGACGUUGGAUCAGGAUGCAAAUGCUGAUUCAACAAAUUCACAAAGUGCAGAACAGCUUUUGUCAUGUUCUAUUAUUCUGCACAUUCCUGUGCUGAAAGAGAUGAUCUGUUCAGAUGUUUGUGUUGAAUUUAAAUCUCCAAAUGGAUAUUCUGCUAACACCACUUUGUGUCAUCUUUUUGAAGAAAUCUGGCGCAGUGGUUUUGUGUUGGUGCCUGCUGAUACUCCUUGCCUAGAAUACCGUUGUAAAUUUAAGGUUUUGAAACUGGGUUUCUGGAGAACAAGUACCGAAAUAUUACAAGAUUACUCCUGGAAAGAGGUUAAGAUUACCCCAGUGAUUCGUGACUUUUUUAUUAUUAAAGGAAUUGAUAGUUUUGAAAAGGGUCUUGUACAACAUUUUAGGCAUCAACUUGCAGUAGUUAAUGCAGACAAUUUAAAAAUUAUUAUAAUGGAAAUAGAUGAUCUUAUUUCACUGUCAAAACAUUACAUGGAACAUGCCAGGAUGUUGGACAACAGAAGACUGUUGUGUACUUUGGAACAAUACAUAACAGAAAAACAGUCACAUAUCAACAGGGAGACAUUCAUUCUCUUUGGGUAUAUUUGUGCUCAGUUGUGUAGUGGUUCUAGAAGAAAGAAAAUGGAUGACGUGAAAACUAUCUCAAAGCAAACAUCAACAGCAAUACUUAAAGGUUUGCAGACACUUCCACAAAAUGCACUUCCUGUAGGAUCUCUAAAAUGUUUUGAAAACAUUGUUUCAGAUUUGUGCUUAAUUGUAUUUCCAAACAAAUCAAGCCUCAUUGUGCAUUUGUUAGAAUUUUGUUAUCCUGUGUUAUCAUCUACCUUUGUAAUGAGUAAUUUUGAUAAUUUAGGACAGUUGGAGUUUUCUUGUGAUUUAAAAAUGUGUGAAUGGAUUUGUAACAAGAUUCUUGAACAGGAAAAAGCUGGAGAUAAAGAUGCUUCAAUUCUUCUUCAGAAAUUUCUGCAACAUGCUCCAAUUUCUAGCACUAUCGACAUAGUCCAAUCUAUGGUUUUGCAUACACCCACAAACCAGCAGGUACUGCUGGAUCUUCUCCGAUCACGAAUUGUAGCUCAAAGUAAAAAGUCAGCAAAGGAAAAGAAUUUUGAUGCAUUGCUUAAACUGGUAAAUGAUCUAACUUCAAGUCAUGAAGACAUUGUGUCUGUAGUGUCAGAAAUCCUUACAAAAACUGUCAUAAGUAUGGUAAAAGGAUUGCGUAAAUCUGACUCUGCUGAUUUCCCUCAAGUCUUGAAGCUAAUGGAUUCUCAAAUACUUUUCACAUCACAAGAAUCUUGCGAAGAAAUAUAUGGGGUAAUGGUUGCCUCAGAAAAUAAAUAUAUACACACUUUAUAUUUGAAAUUACUUGAUUCUGAACAAAUGAGGAGUGCAGUUGAUCAAAAGAUGUAUAAGUGGGUGAUGAAAUGGUUUGAAACGGCAAUCAACCAUCAUUGCUAUGAGAACCGGCACAACGAUAAAUGUGAUGACCUUCCACAUGUUUACAAACACCUGAAUCUUCUGCUCAGUAAACCAUCAGUUUUAAAGAGAGACAAACUGGUUACUGAUUUGAAAGAAGAAGCAUAUAAGUUCCUUAAUUACAUUCCAUUGAAACUGUUGAUGCAAAACCUGUGCUUUAAAAGUUGGUUUGAUAGCAAUGACUUGCCAGAAAGCUUUGGUCCACAUCUAAUUAGAAGAUUAUCAGUCAGCUCUGAUGGAAAGAAUACUGCUCUCACUACUAUUGGAACAUCUUCAGAAUUUCAAGAUACAUGGAAUAAAUGUGGAUAUACAGCCUGUGAAUGUAUAUGUAUGUUGCCAGAACAUAUGAUGGAUGCUAUAAAGUAUUGUGCUAAAUUGACUGGCUUAUCGAGUAGAUUAUGACAUCAAUCUGGAUGAACCAAGAAAUUAAAAAUAAAGAUACAUUGCCUAUAGGCUGUGUGAUGGUGUUGGGGUUAUCUGGGAAAAUACAACAAAGAAUGUUUCCGGCCAUCCUGUGUUGUGACUGCUAUUUGUGACACAUUCCAGUCAGAAAUGUAGAGAGGUUUUCAGUUCUUGCCCACGUUGGUUGACUCUACAAAAGUGUGAAGCACUAGCUUCCUGGAUAUCUGGUCAUUCAUAAACUGAAGAUUAAAAACCUGGGAAUAUUUAUUCCAUCCAGUACCGAAGACAAUUCUGCUUGAUUUGGCACUGCUAUGUUGCACAGCAUCGUCAUUUGUUUGCCAAUAUACCCUGAAAUGUCAUUUUCCCAUUAAUAAAAUAAGUCUUAUAA